AUGCCGCUGCUGUCGCUGUCGCUGCUCCUGCUGCUGCUGCAGGUACCGGCGGGCUCCGCCACCCCGGAGUGGCUCCGCGAGUGGCAAGAUAAAGGAAUCUUCAUUAUCCAAAGUGAGAACCUCGAGAAAUGUAUUCAAGCCAGCAAAUCUACACUGACCCUGGAGAACUGCAAACCACCCAACAAGAACAUGCUGUGGAAGUGGGUUUCAAACCACCACCUAUUUAACAUCGGAGGCAGUGGCUGCCUGGGCCUGAAUGUGUCUAGUCCAGAGCAGCCGCUGAGCAUAUACGAGUGUGAUUCCACCCACGUUUCCUUGAAGUGGCGCUGUAACAAGAAGACGAUCACAGGCCCACUCCAGUACAUGGUCCAGGUGAAGCAGGACAACACGCUUGUGGCCUCAAGGAAAUAUCUCCAUAAGUGGGUUUCCUAUAUGUCCGGUGGUGGAGGCAUUUGUGACUAUCUGCACAAAGAUUUGUACACAAUCAAAGGGAAUGCCCACGGGACUCCAUGCAUGUUUCCCUUCCAGUACAAUCAGCAGUGGCAUCACGAAUGUACCCGGGAAGGGCGGGAAGACGGCUUACUGUGGUGUGCCACGACCAGCCGAUACGAAAGAGACGAGAAGUGGGGAUUUUGCCCAGAUCCUACAUCCACAGAGGUGGGCUGUGAUGCAGUUUGGGAGAAGGAUCUCCAUUCACGCAUUUGCUACCAAUUCAACAUGCUUUCCUCCCUCUCCUGGAGUGAGGCUCAUUCUUCAUGCCAGAUGCAAGGAGGUGCUUUAUUAAGUAUUGCAGAUGAGACUGAAGAAAAUUUCAUAAGGAAGCACUUGGGCAGUGAAGCAGUGGAAGUAUGGAUGGGUCUGAAUCAGCUGGAUGAAGAUGCUGGCUGGCAGUGGUCUGAUAGAACACCACUCAACUAUCUGAACUGGAACCCAGAAAUAAAUUUUGAGCCAUUUGUUGAAUAUCACUGUGGAACAUUUAAUGCAUUUAUGCCAAAGGCCUGGAAAAGUCGGGAUUGUGAGUCUACCUUGCCCUACGUGUGUAAAAAAUAUCUAAAUCCCACUGAUCAUGGACUAGUUGAAAAUGAUGCUUGGAAAUAUUAUGCUACACACUGUGAGCCUGGCUGGAAUCCCCACAAUCGUAAUUGCUAUAAGCUUGAGAAAGAAAAAAAGACCUGGAAUGAGGCUUUGCAGUCUUGCCAGUCCAACAACAGUGCAUUAAUAGACAUAACUUCGUUAGCAGAAGUGGAGUUUCUUGUAACCCUCCUUGGAGAUGAAAAUGCAUCAGAAACAUGGAUUGGUUUGAGCAGCCAUAAAAUUCCAGUUUCCUUUGAAUGGUCUAAUGGCUCCUCGGUCACCUUUACUAAUUGGCACACACUUGAGCCCCACAUUUUUCCAAAUAGAAGCCAGUUGUGUGUCUCAGCAGAGCAAUCUGAGGGACACUGGAAAGUCAAAAAUUGCGAAGAAACACUUUUUUACCUUUGUAAGAAAGCAGGCCAUGUCCUUGCUGACACUGAAUCAGGCUGUCAAAAGGGAUGGGAGAGACAUGGUAAAUUCUGUUACAAAAUCGACACCGUCCUUCGAAGCUUUGACCAUGCCUCCAGUGGUUACUACUGUCCUCCUGCACUUAUAACCAUUACAAGCAGGUUUGAACAGGCUUUUAUUACCAGUUUGAUCAGUAGUGUGGUAAAAACGAAGGACACUUACUUUUGGAUCGCUCUUCAAGAUCAAAAUAAUACAGGAGAAUACACUUGGAAGACGGCAGGGCAGAAAUUGGAGCCGGUGAAGUACACACACUGGAACACACGUCAACCCCGCUACAGUGGUGGCUGUGUUGUCAUGCGAGGGAGGAGUCACCCUGGUCGCUGGGAAGUGAAGGACUGUAGACACUUUAAGGCAAUGUCCCUGUGCAAGCAACCAGUGGAAAAUCGGGAGAAAACCAAGCAAGAAGAAGGAUGGCCCUUUCACCCCUGCUAUUUGGAUUGGGAGUCAGAGCCUGGCCUGGCCAGUUGCUUCAAGGUAUUUCAUAGUGAAAAAGUCCUGAUGAAAAGAACAUGGAGAGAAGCUGAAGAAUUUUGUGAAGAAUUUGGAGCUCAUCUUGCAAGCUUUGCCCAUAUUGAGGAAGAGAAUUUUGUGAAUGAGCUUUUACAUUCAAAAUUUAAUCGGACAGAAGAAAGGCAGUUCUGGAUUGGAUUUAAUAAAAGAAACCCACUGAAUGCUGGUUCUUGGGAAUGGUCUGAUGGAACUCCUGUUGUCUCUUCAUUUUUAGACAAUUCUUAUUUUGGAGAAGAUGCAAGAAACUGUGCUGUUUAUAAGGCAAAUAAAACGUUGCUACCCUCAUACUGUGGUUCCAAACGUGAAUGGAUAUGCAAAAUUCCAAGAGAUGUGAGACCCAAGGUUCCACCCUGGUAUCAGUAUGAUGCACCCUGGCUCUUUUAUCAGGAUGCAGAGUACCUUUUUCAUAUUUCUGCCUCAGAAUGGUCCUCCUUUGAGUUUGUCUGUGGCUGGCUGCGCAGUGAUAUUCUCACUAUUCAUUCUGCACAUGAACAAGAAUUCAUCCACAGCAAAAUAAGAGCGCUAUCAAAGUAUGGUGUAAAUUGGUGGAUUGGACUUCGAGAAGAAAGAGCCAAUGAUGAAUUUCGUUGGAGAGAUGGAUCACCAGUAACAUAUCAGAACUGGGACAGAGGAAAAGAAAGAUCUAUGGGCCGUAAUGAGAGCCAGAGGUGUGGCUUCAUUUCAUCCAUAACAGGUCUCUGGGCUAGUGAAGAGUGUUCAAUUUCUAUGCCUAGCAUCUGUAAGCGAAAAAAGAUUUGGGUCAUAGAAAAAAAGAAAGAUAUUCCAAAACAACAUGGAACAUGUCCCAAAGGAUGGUUAUAUUUUGACUAUAAGUGCCUUUUGCUGAAAAUCCCUGAAGGCCCAAGUGACUGGAAGAACUGGACAUCUGCUCAAGAGUUUUGUGCUGAAGAAGGGGGGACACUGGUCGCCAUUGAAAAUGAGGUGGAACAAGCUUUCAUUACCAUGAACCUUUUCGGCCAUACCACUAAUGUGUGGAUAGGGUUACAAAAUGAUGAUUAUGAAAAAUGGCUAAAUGGAAGGCCUGUGUCAUAUUCUAAUUGGUCUCCAUUUGAUACAGUAAAUAUUCCAAAUCACAACACCACUGAAGUUCAAAAACGCAUUCCUCUCUGUGGCUUGCUGUCAAAUAAUCCUAAUUUUCAUUUCACUGGAAAAUGGUAUUUUGAAGACUGUAGAGAAGGUUAUGGGUUUGUUUGUGAAAAAAUGCAGGAUGCUUCUGGACACAGUAUAAAUACAUCUGAUAUGUAUCCAAUCCCUAAUACCUUAGAAUAUGGAAACAGAACUUACAAAAUAAUUAAUGCAAAUAUGACUUGGUAUACAGCACUAAAAACCUGCCUGAUGCAUGGAGCAGAACUGGCCAGCAUUACAGACCAGUACCACCAGUCUUUCCUCACUGUUAUCCUUAACCGCGUAGGAUAUGCCCACUGGAUUGGACUGUUCACUGAAGAUAGCGGUCUUAGUUUUGACUGGUCAGAUGGCACCAAAUCCUCCUUCGCUUUUUGGAAAGACGAUGAAGCAUCCUUCCUUGGUGACUGUGUUUUUGCUGACACCAGUGGACGCUGGAGGAGCACAGCCUGCGAGUCGUAUCUGCAAGGAGCCAUUUGUCAAGUGCCCACUGAAACAAGACUGUCUGGACACCAAGAGUUGUGCUCAGAAACAUCAAUUCCCUGGAUAAAAUUCAAAAGUAAUUGCUACAGUUUUUCUACAGUCCUAGACAGCACAAGUUUUGAGGCUGCUCAUGAAUUUUGCAAAAAGAAAGGCUCUAAUCUUUUAACAAUCAAAGAUGGAGCUGAAAACUCUUUUCUCCUAGAAGAGCUUUCAGCUUUCCGUUCUUCAGUCCAGAUGAUUUGGCUGAAUGCUCAGUUUGAUGGUGACCAUGAAACCAUAAAGUGGUUUGAUGGAACUCCCACAGAUCAAUCAAACUGGGGUAUUCGGAAGCCAGAGGUGGACCACUUCAAACACCAUCUGUGUGUUGCCCUGAGGAUUCCUGAAGGAGUGUGGCAGUUAUCCUCGUGUCAAGACAAAAAAGGAUUUAUAUGUAAAAUGGAAGCAGAUAUUCACACAGUAAAGAAGCAUCCAGGAAAAGGACCGAGUCACAGCAUUAUACCUCUUACAGUAGCACUGACACUGAUAGUAAUUCUGGCAAUUUCCACACUUUCCUUCUGCAUAUACAAGCACAGUAACGUUAUCUUCAGGAGACUUGCUCAGUUUAGAAAUCCUUACUAUCCUUCAGCCAACUUUAGUACAAUACAUUUAGAAGAAAAUAUUCUCAUUUCUGACCUUGAGAAGAAUGACCAAUAA